UUUGCCGGCUGCGAUUGGCUGCUUGCUCCUGACCCUGAAACUUCAGGAGACCAAGACUUCACGUUCGCUUUCUCUCUCUCUCUCUACUGUAGAAUGGGGCCGGCGCCACGCAUCCUGGAACUGUUCUACGAUGUGCUGUCCCCGUACUCCUGGCUGGGAUUUGAGGUCCUAUGCAGAUACCAACACCUCUGGAAUGUCAAGCUGCAGUUGCGGCCGGCUUUAAUCGCUGGGAUCAUGAAAGACAGUGGAAACCAACCACCUGCUAUGGUUCCCCGAAAAGGCCAGUACAUGUUCAAAGAGAUUCCUCUCCUGAAGCUGUUCUUCCAGGUUCCCAUCCACAUACCCAAGAAUUUCUUUGGUGAACGUGUUAAGAAAGGAAGUGUAAAUGCCAUGCGCUUCCUCACCGCUGUGAGCAUGGAGCAACCAGAGAUGCUGGAGAAGGUGUCCAGAGAGCUAUGGAUGCGUAUUUGGUCUCGAGAUGAAGACAUCACGGAAUCCCAGAACAUUCUGGCUGCAGCAGAGAAGGCCGGAAUGUCCACCGCCCAAGCCCAACACUUUCUGGAGAACAUCACCACAGAUGAGGUGAAGGACAAGCUCAGGGAGACCACCGAGGCAGCCUGCAAAUACGGGGCCUUUGGGCUGCCCACCACGGUUGCCCACGUGGAUGGUAAAUCCUACAUGUUAUUUGGAUCUGACCGCAUGGAGUUACUAGCUUACCUGCUAGGGGAGAAGUGGAUGGGCCCUGCACCCCCAAACCUGAAGGCCAGAAUUUAAGAUUGCCUUAGAGAGUAACCUUUGAUUUCUCCAUCUGAUGUGGCCCUGGGAGCUAGAACAAGAGUCUGCCUUUAGCGGUGGCUGCCUUUACUCCUCUGCCUCACAAGUGCCUUUUGAAAACCCGUAAGUUCUGCAUUCCUAUAAAAUAAACCUGAUGCCACUAGACAAAACA